CAGCUGAUUUUGUAAAACCCAUUGAACGAAUCAAAUAUAAAAACAAUAAUGCCGGAAGAAGUAUCAGAGCCCCAAACCAAAUUAAAGAAAAUUGCAGAUGACGAAAGCCAUGCGCAAGAGGAAAAUGAGUCGAGAAGUGAAACCAAAUUACGGGGACCUGGCGAAACACCACCAACUCCAUUAAGCAAAAACCAACUGAAAAAGCAGAAACGAUUGGAAAAAUAUGAGCAGUUAAAAAAAGUACGUCGGCUGAAAGAGCGUGAAAGACAAAAACAAAAGCGACUUGAGGCACAGGCUCAAGGACUAACAAUACGUUCCGGACCUUCACGAAAAGAGUUAAAGAAGCGACAACUCCAGUCGGGGACGCUUAGUGUAGCAAUCGAUUUGGACUACGAUGACUUGAUGCACGAUCGCGACGUGGCGAAAUGUAUCAAACAGUGCCUGCGUAUUUAUACAAUAAAUCGUCGUUCCAAAUGCCCUGGUCAGCUGCACGUAACUGGCAUCAAAACAGACGGUCGAAUUCACACCAGCCUUAAACGAAAUGAUGGCUGGGAGAACUGGCAUUUGAAAUACCAUUUCGACAAAACACACCAAGAUAUUUUUCCAAAGGACAACAUAGUGUACCUCACUUGUGAAUCGGAUACAGUGUUAGAUCGUAUUGAAGCGGAAGCUGUAUAUGUGAUUGGAGGUCUGGUUGAUCAUAAUCAUCAUAAAGGUUUGUGUCAUAAAAGAGCGACGGAAAUGGGGCUGCGUACAGCGCGACUGCCAUUGAGCGAACACGUGAAUAUGAAAACACGUGCGGUGUUGAGCACAUUUCACGUUUUUGAAAUACUGUUGCGUGUUGCUGAAGGCAAGCCAUGGACUGAAGCUAUAAUGGAAACAUUACCUGAGCGAAAAGGUGCUAAGCCUAGAGCAAGUCUAGAGGUUCCAGCUGUUAAAGAAGUGAAUGGGAAUAAAGAGGAAAAUAAUAAAGAGUUUAUUGAUUCCAAAAACGAUGAGGAAUAACAACAUUGCAUCAGAAUAAUAACUAAAAUAAAUGUUAAUUUUGUAAAUUAAUUCUACAUCUG